AUGGCAAAAGCAAGCUCACCGAACAAAAAAGGCAAUUUAACUAUUAUUACUGGUCCUAUGUUUGCGGGGAAAACCGAGGAAUUAUUACGGCAAAUUCGGCGAGCCCAAUAUGCCCAAAAAGAAAUCUUAAUUUUUAAGCCUUCUUUAGAUAAUCGCUAUUCAGCAACGGAAAUAACUUCGCAUUUAAACAAUAAAAUAACGGCUACAAUAGUCAGUAAAAGUAAGGAAAUAUACACUUAUCUGAAAAAACAGCCAAAAACGGAAAUUAUUUUUCUCGACGAAUUACAUUUUUUUGACCAAAAAGUUGUCAAAGUUUUGAACAAACUAGCCAAGCAAGGCUACCAAGCCAUCGCGGCCGGUUUAGACCAAGAUUUUCGGGGAAAGCCGUUUGAAAACACUUCCUUUUUGUUGGCUUUGGCAGAACAAGUGAUUAAAUUAGCGGCAAUUUGCCGAAUUUGUAAUGAAGAAGCUAAUAUGACCCAAAGAUUAAUUAAUGGAGAAAAUUAUAUGAAAAAACUUUAUACUUGUAAACACCAAAAAGAGGCUACUAGUCCUUGCUCGGUUUGCCAAGAAGGAAGAGGAAAUAAAACUAACGCCCGAGAACAAGCUUUUACUUGUAAUAAAUGCGGUGAACUAGCUAAAAGUGGAAGUAUUGAAGCCGCUGACCCUGGCAAAAAUAACGAACAAUAUCGGGAAGAAUGGGAAACUUAUCAGGAAAAAACCAAAGAGUGGUUAAUUAAAGUUUAUCAAGAACACCAAAGAAAAUUUGCUAAACAGGAAGUUAAUAAAGACAAUGAAGCCACGGAAAAAGACAAAGCAAUAGAAGAAACUUUGGCCAAAGAAGACGAGCAAUUGAACAAAGGUAAUUACUACAUUAUUGCUGACCACUUACGAACUACGAUUUUUGCCUUGGCUGAUGGUGCUGUUUUUGAACCCAAAGGUCGAGGUUAUAUUUUGAAAAAACUAGUUAAAAGAGCAACCUUGCUCGGUCAUUUUCUUAAAUUUCCUCCCGAGAACUUACUACUAUUUAGCCAAAAAUUGAUUGAAAUUAAUGGUUUGUUCUAUACUCACUUAAAAGAAAACCAAAACUUAAUUCUUAACAAUUUAAAAAAAGAAAUCAAUCGCAACUUCAAAUUUAUCCAAAAUUCCACCCAAAAAAUUACUCAAUAUUGUCAAAAAAGCCCGCAAAAAUUGAUUCCUGCCGAAAAAAUCUUCUUUUGGUACGAUACGGCAGGCGUGCCUUUGGAAUUGAUUGAACACCAUUUAAGUCAAAAAAGAUACAGUUUUUCGCAAACAGAAUUUAAUAAAUUGCUUGCGGAACAAAAAAAACGCGGUCAAGAAGACCGUGCAAAAAAGGAAGUAGCAGCAUUCUAA